AUGUACUCGGACGAGUGGCAUCCUACGCGUCCCACUAAGGCCGCCGACCGCGGUGCUAUCGACCAUGUUGUCCUCGCCUUCGCCAUGGCCAACAACACUGCCGCUUUCCAGCCAAAGGUCCCUAUCUCCACAUGGCGAUCCGAAUAUCCCAACGCCAAGAUCAUGAUCGCAGUCGGUGGAUGGGGUGACACGAUCGGAUUCUCCCAGGCAGCGAAAGACGACGCGAGCAUUCAAAAGUUCGAUAUCGAUUGGGAGUACCCUGGAGGCAACGGUGCGGAUUACAAGGAGACUCCCAAUUCAGCGAAGGUCUACGAGAUUGCGGCAUUCCCCAAAGUCCUCGCUGCUAUUCGCAAGGCCAUCGGCAGCGACAAGCUUCUGUCUAUUGCCGUCCCCGGAAAGAAGGUUGAUAUGAUCGCCUACACCGCAGACACUGGUCCUCUUAUCUGGCCCUCCGUCGACUACAUUAACCUCAUGGCCUACGAUCUCAUGAACCGCCGCGACACCAAGACAGCGCACCACACCAGCGUCGAAGGCGCCCUCGACGUCGUCAAGAACUACCUUGCGAUCGGCGCGCCCCCUUCAAAGAUGAAUCUCGGCUUCGCCUUCUACGCGAAAUACUUCCAAACCGCAUCUGCUGGCUCCUCAGGAUCCGCUCUCGGUAUACCCAUCGUCCCCGCCGAAGACCCGAUCACGGGAAAAGACACGCUCACAUCCGGCGCCUGGACCUUCGAGCCCGCGCACAUGAACCCCGUUGAUAAUGCCAGCUUGACCGUAAGCCAGGACGGCACGUGCGGCCCCGACAAGGGCACCAAGUGCGCCUCAGCUUGCUGUAGCCAGUACGGCAACUGCGGUAUGACCUUGGAACACUGCAACGGCGCAUGCCAGCACGCUUUCGGCAUCGGCUGCACCGAUCCCGACAUCGCUGGGUCCUGGCAGUUAGCCGCGGCAGGCGGUAUUGCGGAUGAAGUAGCCGGCGGCGAAUACUUCCUCGACAAUGCUAACAGCCUCUUCUGGACGUGGGACACACCUGAGUUUAUAUCUCAGAAGUUCGACAAGAUUAUUAGGAAAUACAAGAUUGGCGGUGCGAUGGCGUGGAGCUUGGGUGAGGAUAGCGAGGAUUGGAGCCAUAUUAAGACGAUUAGUGAUGAGUUGGAGAAGAGCGGGCCUUAUAGUGGUGAUGAUGGUGAUGCGGUACAGAGUGCUGCGGCGCCUGUGGAGGCGGAGGCCACGCCUGAACCUACGGCUUUGCAGGUGCAGGUGGCUCAGUCGACCAAAGCGGCACCUUCGAUUGUCAAUGUUGAUGGGGGAGAGGAUGCUGAGGAUGGUGGUGACGAUGAUGACUGGGAAUGGUAUUACACUGAUGAGAACGGCAACGAGAUCCCCGAUACAGAUGAUGGUGGCGAUGAGCGGUGA